UUUUUGCUUGUUCUGUCCGUCGAGAACUAAUUUUUGUUGAAACCAAAACAGAAUGUGGUUCGAAAUCCUCCCAUCGUUCGGUAUUAUUACCGCCGUCCUUUCUGUGCCAGGAUUUGCCCUGUAUGGUUUGCACAAACUAUCGUUGGACAAUGCUUACCGGCGUAACACGGACGAAAGAUGGGAACGUAUGAUGUACGUCCGGGACAUGCGACUGACUGGCAAUCCUUAUCAGUGCAAUGGGUUGGAAACAAUUUCGGAUAAAUGAAACAGUUGCAAGCAGCAAGAAGAUGUGCCGAGUGUUCUGUUAUCGAGUGUAGAAUAAAUCGAUUCUGAACUUCCCAGUUCAAACGAUA